CCUGUUUACCGCCUGUUGUACCUUCAUACUGUAGUACACAUAUUGCAACACCACCCUCCGCUGCUGGGUCUUUUUUUUAUCCACAACAACACAUGCAGCACUGCGACCCUGCAGCCACAGCAUUGACUACUGUAUAACUUUGAUUCGUUCAUCGCCAUGGUCGUGGUAACUAAGGAGACAUGAAGACGUGACAUUGAGGAAACGUGAGCAGGCCGGGAAGGAUCCGGGAGAUUUCCUGACUCCAGCUGACCGGAGUUCAGGUGGGGGUGCUGAGUGUCGGGCAUCAUUUCGCCCGAUCUCACAACCGCAAACUAAACAGUGGUGAUGUGGAGGACUACAACGGUCUGAAUUAAUUAUCUCAAAUGAGUAUACGGAGGUUUUAAGUUAGUGGAAGCCCUCAACCUCCGUCUGGUAAACUGAACUAGCCUUUUAGCUAAUCGUGCUAACUCCGGUAGCAGCAGCAGCAGCAGCCGCCGCCGUGCUGUGCGGGCUGGCUCUGGGGUUGUAUUUGGAGAGUGGAGCAGCUCGCCGGUGCCCUGAAUUCCGGAAGAGUCCCCGGCUCCGGCCCCCUCAAGCGGGCAGUCAGGAAUAAGCUGGCUGGGAAGGGAUGGCCUGGUCGGUCUUCCCGUUCCAAAGGACAAGGUUCUGCGGUGUUUGAAGGAGGUCGAGUUCGGCUAGAGGCCACCACCGCGGGUCGAGGCGCUAUGAUGGCCGCCCUCCCCAACUCGGCCGGCGGCUUCACGGCCUCCGGGCUGUCGGUCAGAAAGAGCGAGGAAAUAGCGGAUUUGAUAGAUUUGUUUUCCAAGACGCAGUACAGAGCAAAGGAAGCCACUCCUCGGGUGGAGGCGAUAGAGAAGCGCUGCCUGGAGUUAUUCGCAAGAGACUACAAGUACAGUAUCAUACACAACUCCAAUGGAGAAGUGUGUGGCCAUUACCCCCGGCAGAUCGUCUUCCUGGAGUACGAAUGCACGGACGUUGAGAGAGACAGGUUUGAGAGCGCAGUGCAGAUCAGUAAGCUGCAGGACCUGGUGAACCGGAGUAAGCUGGCUCGCUGCAGAGGGAGGUUCGUCUGUCCGGUCAUCCUCUACAACGGCAAGCAUAUUUGCCGGUCGUCCACUCUGGCGGGAUGGGGGGAGCUGUAUGGACGCACAGGCUACAACUACAUCUUCUCAGGGGGCACUGAUGAGGCAGAGUCUGAGGAGGUUCCAGAGGAUGACAGUGCAGUCAGGAACGGGGAAUCCCAGCUCUUUGACAAGGUUCGAGGCCACGACAUUAAGCUGCUACGCUACCUCUCGGUUCGCUACAUCUGUGACCUGAUGGUGGAGAACAAGAAGGUUAAGUUUGGCCUAAAUGUGACAUCGUCUGAGAAGGCGGACAAGGUCCAACGCUAUGCAGACUUCACCUUGCUCUCCGUGCCUUACCCAGGGUGUGAGUUUUUUAAGGACUACAAAGACAGAGACUACACAGCAGAGGGUCUGGUGUUCAACUGGAAUCAGGACUACGUGGACGCUCCUUUGACAAUCCCCAUGUGCUUUACUCAAAACUUGAACAUCGACUGGACUCGAUACCAGUCGUGGGACCUGGUGGAGCAGACCCAGAACUACCUGAAGCUGCUGCUCCACAUCAUCAACAGUGAUGAUGAGAGCGGCCUCCUGGUGCACUGCAUAUCAGGCUGGGACCGAACGCCUCUCUUUGUGUCCCUCCUCAGGCUCUCACUGUGGGCAGACGGAGCCGUGCACGCCAACCUUGAGCCUGCCGAGAUCCUGUACCUGACCAUCGCUUACGACUGGUUCCUCUUUGGUCACAUGCUGCCAGAUCGACUCUCCAAAGGGGAGGAGAUUUUCUUUUUUUGCUUCAAUUUUUUGAAGCACAUCGUCUCAGAGAAGUUCUCAGCUGUAAAGAAACAGAGGAGGAAGAACUCCCACAUCAAAGACAGUGAUUUCACUGUGGAAGAUAUCUGCCAGUUAAAGUCAAGGGAUCGCGGCAGCGUGACCAGCCUGAGCAGUGACUUCUCCCUCAUCACCGAGGAGGCCGGCGCCGCCUCCAGCCUAACCAACGACACUGUGGACCUGUUCUCCAGCCAACCCCAGGCCUCCAGCUGGAGGAAAGGCCCCACCUCCUCUCCUCAGAUGGUAGUCUGGAACAAACAGAACCCCCUGGAGGAGCACCUCUCCCAUCCACUCAACGAGGCCAGGUCUUCCAGCUCCUCCUCCUCCAACCAGUCGGAACACGCCGUCACACGCACCGGCAGCAGCCCGUUGGCCGUCCCCGGAAGAAGGUUAGCAGCAGACUACACCCGGUCCGGUUCCUCCCUCUCGACGGAGUACGGUAGCUGGCAGAUAGUUUCGGGUUGCGGCAGCAUCCACGACCACGCCCACUUCCCUCCACCUCUGACCUCGGCCUCCUCGGCCUCUUCUGCUGUGGCUGCUGCCUACGACUCCCCCCUGCCCUUCAGUUUUCAGGAUGAAGGACCCAGCGGACGAAUGUGUCCCUUCCCCUCUGAGCGUCAGGCCCGUCUGGAGGCGGUGCGGGAAGUCUUCCUGGCAGCCUACAGCUCCACCGUCGGCCUCAAGUCCUCGGCGCCCAGCCCCUCCGGCGCCAUCUCGGGCCUGCUGGAGCAGUUUGCCCGCGGGGUCGGCCUCCGGGGCACCAACGCCAUCGUCUGAUCCCUCCCAACUUGACUUGGACCCUCCUCCCGCUUCCAUCCAUCCACAGUCGACACAACAUGCCUGGACUCAAUAGUACAAUAAAGUGCCAAACAUCUCUGUUCAGUUCAGGGAUGAAGCAUUCAUUUA